AUAGAGAAAAGUACCAAAAUCGGAUUUUCAUGUUUUUUUCUCGAAAUAAACUUGGACUGUGGUAAUGUCACACUAUACAUGUGCACAUUACUGUACUUUUUUGGCAAUGUAAAUGACCAUGUUUGGUAAUGUAAAUCAUAUUUCAUAAAUAAAAACAUGAAAGUCUUAUUUUGGUAUAUUUUCAAUGUUUCAGUACUACAUUGGUCUUUCUCCAUAAACUUUAAUAGUGUAAGUUAAAAUAAAAAAAGUUAAAAUUAAACCAUAAAAACAAGUUUUUUUCUAAAGGCACUCAAGGAAAAUCAAUUAGCCGGAAAGCUUGAUCGGCUAUGAAGGACUAUUUCGUUGGAUUUACGAGAAGACUCGUCGUGGCCUCCGGCCUUCCUUCUCCUCCGGCGCCAAUAUACCAUGGCCUCCGCCUUUAUUGCUCUCCGGAAGCUACCGCCGCCUCUUCCCCUCCGGCAAACGACAAACUCUUCGUUGCCGGUUUGUCCUGGUCCGUGGACGAGAAGUCACUAAAGGACGCCUUUUCUGAGUUCGGCCAAGUGACUGAAGUGCGGAUAAUGUAUGACAAAGACACAGGCAGAACAAGAGGUUUUGGAUUUGUAUAUUUCUCCAAAGAAGAGGAGGCUAGAAGUGCAAAAGAUGCCAUGGAUGGUAAGGCAUUUCUUGGUCGUCCUCUGAGGAUUAGCUUUGCACUUGAACAGACCCGCGGUACACCUGCUGUAGUCCCUCGGCUUCGAAGCAGUAUAAGUUAUCCUAGGAGGGAUCAUUGAUAUUUAAGGUGAUUUUCAUGUGGUUUAACGUUUAGCAAAACGAUGAUUUGAACAUAAUAUUGUUGUUGUCUUUAUUUUGCCUUGUUCACCAUGGAUCUUGAGAACUGAUAUAGAUCUUGAAAACUGAUAGUGUUGUGAUUUUGAAGUUUUAGAAUUUGACUUCAUUCGGCAGUUAUUGGUCUUGGUAUACACAAUUUAAGCGCAUUUGUCAACCGAGUGUUUGGAAGGAGAUGGACGUGAGAUAAGCACACCCCCUUCCUAUGACAUUGCAAGUGCAGAGCGGCGCUGUCAAACAAUCGUUAAUUGCUAAGUUCUUUUAAUUUUUGCAUAGGUUUGAAUGACGUUUAUUUAAGGUCGGGGCCUUGAAUGAGUUUGAUAUUUCAUAUUUUGUUAAGAACAAUGAUUCAAAAGAGGUGAUACUUUUGUUAACAAAAAUAUUGCUUUUAG